AUGAAUGAGUCAGUAAUAAUAAUGGGUGUGGCCGCAGUUAUGUCUGCGGUUUUUUUUGGUUUACUUGCUUACAACUUAAGAACCUUAAUUACGGAUAUGAAUUUAUCAAAUUUAUCAAUGCUGCGUGAUAAUAGCUCUCUCGAAGAAGAUUUCAGAGACAUAUUGGGAUUCCUUCCACUCGUCGAGAUCCAAAUGAUUAUCGAGAAUUACGUUCAAUACGAUCCCCAAUUAAACGAGACGGUGAAUUUUAUCAAUGAUCAAAAACGAUUCAUUUUAUCGGAAUUGGAAUGUUUACCGCAAGUAUGUAAUUUUAUUAACAUGCUAAAGGAAAAUGGAUUAGACGUUGAUUAUUGGAAUGAGAUAAUCGAAAGAUUUUGGAAAACCAUGCCACCAUUUGUUGUGCCAGAUGCGUGCAUUGCUACCGGUGGUUUAACCGGUAUGAUAAGCCGAAUAUUAAAGAUUAUACCGAGAAACGAAUUGCAUAUUUUACUUCGACAGAAAUUAAGAUAUUCGAAAAGUUUCGGUAAACUAAUAAAUUAUCUGAGAUCUCGAUCGUUCGGCGAUCUUUGCAAUUCGAUGGAAGAUAACGCUGGACUUCAACGGCAUUUUUAUUGGGCGAAGGAAUCUGGCCUUGAAAUUGUCUUUGCGAUCGAAUUCGUUAGAAAUCUUUACUUUUAUCUUACCGAAGAGCUUGAAUGAAUAAUUAAA